CAACGACUUUUAACCGUGAAGCGAAUAAGUCGAGAGUUGCCGUCAAGGUCCCUAAGAGGAGGUGGCUUGAACGAGCUGCCCAUUGAUGUCAUAGACACCAAUAAUAGUUUGGGUGCGCCGGGCCUCAACCCAAACACCAACAACGCCCACAGCGAACGCCAGCUUAGCGCCUUCAACAAAUCCCAGUCAAACAAAACUGCGGAGGAGAACUCCGAGACGGGACCCACUAAGGUGGAAAGCGCUGACACGUGGUCCUCCACAAUGGACAAUACGCAGGUGAUGGGUCCCCUAGAUGAGAAGCAUGCAGCGGACACGGACGAAGAGUCGACGGGGGAGCCUAGUUCGGAGAGUGAUGCCGACGGUGAAGAAGGCGCUGGAUCGAACAAACAGGAACAGAACGCGGAUCUUCCAGCAGAAUACUGGCAAAUUGGCAAAUUGGUUAAAUAUUUGAAGGGUGGCAACCAAACCUCCACAAUCAUUUCCCUGUGUGCUCUUCGCGACAUGCCAUUGAGGACAGAAGUUUGCCAACUGGCGGUUCGUGAUGUUGGCGGCGUCGAUGUUUUGAUUAAUCUCCUUGAAACAGAUGAAGUUCGAUGCAAGAUUCUUAAGGAAAUCUCACACAAUCCCGCACUUCGACGAGCGAUAUCGGAUCGUGGCGGAAUUCACCCAAUGGUGGAACUGCUGAGAAGCCCCAAUCGUGAUCUGAAAUGCCUCAGCGCGGAGGCCAUUGCCAACGUGGCAAAAUUCCCGCGUGCCAGACGGACCGUCCGUCAGAAUUCCGGCAUAAAGAAACUGUACGACACAGGAGGAGAGUUGUCUGGCUUUAAGACCCUAAAAGACCAUGCCGUCGGAAAUUGCCCCAGCCUUUUCUGUCUUGGGAAGUAG